CGCCAGCUGAGGUACCGGCUCCGGGCUCAGGCUCCCGAGUCGAGUUCCCGGCGCUGGCUUACGGCUCGGGCUCUUGCCUCGGGCUCCCGGCCCCUGGGCUCGGCGGCCCGGCCCCGGCAGCGGUGAGACGAGGCGGGGCGUCGCCGCGCCCUCCCGCUAGGCCGCUAUGCAGGGCCCCGCCGGGAACGGGAGCCGCGGUCUGCCAGGCGGGCCGCCUUCCACGGUCGCGUCCGGGGCGGGCCGCUGCGAGAGCGGUGCGCUCAUGCACAGUUUCGGCAUCUUCCUGCAGGGGCUGCUCGGCGUCGUGGCCUUCAGCACGUUGAUGCUUAAACGCUUCAGAGAACCAAAGCAUGAAAGACGACCAUGGAGGAUAUGGUUUUUAGAUACUUCUAAACAAGCCAUAGGAAUGCUGUUCAUCCACUUUGCAAAUGUGUACCUAGCAGACCUCACUGAAGAGGACCCUUGUUCACUGUACCUCAUCAACUUUCUUCUGGACGCCACUGUGGGCAUGCUGCUUAUCUAUGUGGGAGUGCGUGCUGUCAGCGUCUUGGUGGAGUGGCAGCAGUGGGAAUCCCUGCGUUUUGGCGAAUAUGGAGAGCCUCUACAGUGUGGGGCCUGGGUUGGGCAGUGUGCCCUUUACAUUGUGAUCAUGAUCUUUGAAAAGUCAGUCGUCUUCAUCGUUCUCCUCAUACUCCAGUGGAAAAAGGUGGCACUACUGAAUCCUAUUGAAAACCCAGACCUGAAACUCGCCAUCGUCAUGCUGAUUGUGCCCUUCUUUGUCAAUGCACUGAUGUUUUGGGUAGUAGACAAUUUCCUCAUGAGAAAGGGGAAGACGAAAGCUAAACUAGAAGAAAGGGGAGCCAACCAGGACUCAAGGAAUGGGAGCAAGGUCCGCUACCGAAGGGCAGCAUCCCAUGAAGAGUCUGAAUCUGAGAUCCUGAUCUCGGCAGAUGAUGAAAUGGAAGAGUCAGAUGCAGAAGAGGACCUCCGCAGACUAACCCCACUUAAGCCUGUGAAGAAAAAGAAGCAUCGCUUUGGGCUGCCUGCUGGUGUUUCAGACACCCCCAUUAAGAAGAAACGUCCACCUGUGAAAGAGGAGGACCUGAAGGGGGCCCGAGGGAACCUGGCCAAGAACCAGCAGAUCAAGUCCAAGACCUACCAAGUCAUACAGGAAUGUGAGCAAGCUGGCUCAGCUGCCCCAUCGGUGUUCAGCCGCAACCGCACAGGCACUGAGACAGUUUUCGAGAAGCCCAAAGCUGGACCUGCCAAGAGCGUCUUUGGCUGAGAAGUGCAUACCAUGCCCUGCACCACCCUUCAUACCCCGACACAGGAGCCUUUCCCACGGACACUUUUUUUUAAUGCCAGAUUACCCCUUCAUCCCUACUAUCUCUGGGACUGCCACCUCUCCCUAAAGCCCUAGCCCUUCUGCACCAAUGCCUAAGAAACACCAAUAAAGAGGAUGCCUAAGUGGCCCCAGCA